AUGUCCGCACCUUUAGUACAUCGCAAUUCGAAUUCCAUCUCUUCCCAACACAGCGACGCCACUCCGACACCACAAGCAGAACAACAACCCGUCGCCCCUACACAAACAGCGCGGCCCACAAUCGCCCAGUUCCUUAGCCGAGUCACAUCUCCUGGCACAGUUCUCUACCAACACACGCAGAUACAACCUCCCGGUAUAACGUGGGCACAAGAGGUUUUGAAGAACCCACAAAACAACGCCAUGGAUAAUCGACGGCAUCCUAGUUCUUUCCAGCAGCUGGAGAAGUUGGGAGAAGGCACAUAUGCUACCGUCUACAAAGGCCGAAACCGACAGACCGGCGAACUCGUCGCCCUCAAAGAAAUCCACCUCGACAGCGAAGAGGGCACCCCCUCAACCGCCAUCCGAGAAAUCAGCCUUAUGAAGGAACUGAAGCACGAGAACAUAGUCACCCUCCACGAUGUCAUCCACACAGAGAACAAGCUCAUGCUCGUCUUCGAGUACAUGGACAAGGAUCUCAAGAAGUAUAUGGACUCCCGCGGCGAACGCGGCUCACUCGACCACGGCACAAUCAAGCGCUUCAUGCAGGACUUACUACGAGGCACCGCGUUCUGUCACGAGAAUAGAGUCCUCCACCGCGAUCUCAAGCCUCAAAAUUUGCUCAUUAGCACAAAGGGACAACUCAAGCUGGCGGAUUUCGGUCUGGCCCGUGCGUUUGGCAUUCCGGUCAAUACCUUCUCCAACGAGGUCGUCACGCUGUGGUAUCGGGCACCGGAUGUGCUGUUGGGCUCGAGGACAUACAACACCAGUAUCGAUAUCUGGUCGGCUGGCUGCAUCAUGGCGGAGAUGUACACUGGACGACCACUGUUCCCUGGGACGACAAAUGAGGAUCAAUUGCAGAAGAUCUUCCGGUUGAUGGGAACGCCCUCAGAGCGGACAUGGCCGGGGAUUGGGCAGUUGCCGGAAUAUAAGGCUAAUUUUCCUUCGUAUGCUACACAAUCGCUACAUAUCCUCCUGCCGCAAGUCGACCAGUUGGGCCUGGACCUGUUGGGAAAGUUGCUGCAAUUACGGCCCGAGAACAGGAUAUCUGCCCAGGAAGCACUUCGACAUCCGUGGUUCAACGACCUGAACAACUACGGAGCUGGAGGCCCGCCGAAUAUGGGGCAUACUGGCAUCAUGGGCAAUGCAUAUGGUCAGCAAAUGGUUCAGCCACAACAACAAUACUAG